AAAAUGGGUGGUUUAGUGGGUCCUCAUCUCGUUCCCUCUGUGAUGUUCGUAGAGAUUUCCAAGAGAUAAAAAUGACGAAGAAAAGUACCUCUUGUGUACUGCAGAAUGUACUGUUAGUGUUAACUUGUAUCGGAAGUAUAUCCUGUAACUGGGAAGGCUGGUGGACCUAUGAAGGAAUUUCCGGACCCUAUUACUGGGGUCUCAUGAACCCAGAUUGGACUACAUGCGCUAAGGGUAAACUACAAUCUCCUAUAGAUAUUGAUCCAAUAAACCUGAACUAUGAUGGAUCCCUGGAUAGUAUUCGGGUAGAGAAGAAGAGUGUCACUGGACAGUUUAUGAAUACAGGACAGUCCUUGGUAUAUAGAGUAGAUGAGGGGGAGGGUCAGGAUAUUGGUAUAGCAGGAGGUCCUCUUACAUACCAAUAUAGAUUCAAGGAGAUGUACUUUCACUGGGCAAAUACAGGGAACCCUGGUUCUGAACAUACGGUCAAUAAACAAUCAUUCCCAGCUGAAAUUCAAAUAUAUGGAUUCAACUCAGAACUGUACCCGAACAUGAGCAUAGCUCGAGAGAACCCUAAUGGUCUAGUAGCAUUCGCCAUUCUUGUACAGAUAACGGAAUCAUUAUACAGGAAAUCAGAUUUUGAUUUCAUAUCUGUUCAUCUAGAUAAGUUAUUGCACAGAGGAGAUAUAGUGAAAGUACCAACCUUCUCUUUACAUCAAGUAUUGCCUAGAACUGAAGACUAUAUAACAUACGAGGGAAGUUCAACUUUUCCUGGCUGCUGGGAAACUGUGACAUGGAUAGGAAAUCAAAUACAUAUAUUCAAUAAACCUAUUUUUAUAACAACAAAGCAGCUGGCACAUUUUCAGAGGCUGAAACAUGAAAAUAAUCUCCGACCUCUCCAACCAGUAAACAAGAGGAAUAUUAGAACUAAUGUUGGGAUACAGGCUCAGAAGGACUCCAACCCAGAGUGCACUGAUGGUUUGAACGAGAUAGAAUAUGAACCUAAUAUUCCAGUUCUACCAUUAAACUCCAGACCUUACACCCCGUAAUAUUAUCUGGAGAAGAAGCAAGAACAUAAGAUUUCAUGCUUUAUACAUUUUGUCUAUAAUUGUACAAACAGCAUAAUAUGCAUUUAUAAUAUAUAAUUACUAUUACAAACUGUAAAAAUAAAAACCGUUCAUUAAUCA